AUGCAGGUCGCGGCCCCCAGGCCAGCACUUGGGUGUGCAAAGCCCAAGUCUUCCUCCUGGGAAGCUGAUUCUUCGUUUACCGGACAGAAGGAGCUUUACGUGAUCUGCGCUAUCACGGGCGGAGGCGUGUCGACUGCAUUUGACCGCCUUUGCGUUCAAAACACUGAUCCCUCGCCACCAGGAGAGUGGAACAAAGAAUUACAGAAGAAAAAUUCAAAUAUACUGAAAGCUGUAUUACGAUUUCUUGGAUGGAAAUUUUCAAUUAUAAUUUUAUAUGUAUUUACUCAGGACAUCGUUGUAGUUGCUGGCCAAUCAUACUUACUGGGAUUAAUAAUACACUAUUUUGACAACAGAUUGGAAUGGAAUGAAUACUAUAUAUAUGUAGCCUUUCUAGGAUUUUUUGCUGUAACUGCGGUUUAUAUGGGUGCAUAUAAUGCUAAUCUAUUUACUUCACAAAUACUUGGAAUGAAAAUAAAGGUAGCAUUUUGCACUGUUAUUUUUAGAAAGGCAAUUAGGUUGAGUCCUUCAUCUCUAGAAAAAUCGAAUGUAGGACAAAUGGUAAAUCUUCUAGCAAACGAUGUCAGCAAGUUUCUAAGUAGUCUUUACAGUGUUUCAUAUUUAGUUACAACGCCUUUCCUCAUCAUUACAACCAUAGCGAUAUUGUGGCAAUAUUACGGAUGGACUAUUCUAGUUGGAUAUUCGGUGAUAUUUCUCUUCAUUCCUAUACAAUUAGCUUUGGGUAAACUAUAUUCGAAACUGAGAUUACAAGCAGCUAUAUUGGGAGAUGAAAGAUUGAACCUGUUGAACGAAAUAAUUGCUGAUAUGAAAUUGAUUAAAAUGUACACCUGGGAAUUGCCAUAUUCUGCAUUACUUAAAAAAAUCAGAGUGAACGAAAUGAAAAAAGUUCGAUUGUUUUUAUAUGCAAAGGGAAUGUCGUCAAUGUUGGCUUAUCCUAUAUCAAAAUUAUUUACUUCCCUUGCAUAUCUUGCAUUCUUUUUUAAUGGAGGACAAUUAAAUGCCGAAAUUGCAUUUAUCACUAUGACUGUUUCUUUGUACAUCUUUAUGAGCACUGUUAGCUUGUUUUCACAAGCAAUAAAUAAUUUUGCAGAAAUUUUGGUUUCACUGAAGCGACUUCAGAAUUACAAGUACAGGAACUUGCUUAUCAAAUGGCGUGGCGUGACAUUUGAUGUGUUUCUGUAAGAAGCCAACUUCCAGG